AUGGAUGCUCCCCGAAAGCAGUUAGCAACGAACGUCAAUCGCGGAAGUGCCCACGCUACCGACCAGAAAAUGUCGCCCUGUGAGAAAUUUGCCGCAUCUGCAAGCUACCCGUCUGAAAGUACAGAAAACCAAUCGAGAUUCUACUUUGCGCUUAUCGAAAUAACACAAACUACAACCCAUCUUCUCUCCCUUUCCCAGCUCGUCUCCCUGUCCGCUCUGGUAGUGCUGGCCGCGGCAGCACCAGCCGCCGACGAUGCCAGUGCGACCAUCCUUACGCAGGAGAACUCAAUCGAACCGGAUGGUAAGUUCGCGUGGAAAUUCUCCACCAGCAAUGGCAUUCAGGCGGAGGAAAGUGGCCAAGGAGGUCAAUCGGUGCAGGGGUCCGCCUCCUGGGUUGGUGAUGACGGUGUUCCCAUUGUGCUAACCUACACCGCCGACGAGAACGGUUACCAUCCGCAGGGAGUGCACCUGCCGACGCCGCCACCGAUUCCGGACUACAUUCUGCGGGCGCUGAAAUACAUCGAAGCUCACUCGCAAAAUAAUUAGGCGGGGACUGGUUGCGUGAAAGGCACCAGAUGUAUGAAAAUAUUGCGACAUUUCGAAAAAUACUCCAUCCAAUGAACGUACCUUAUCGGGGAAGCUACCAAGGAUACCACAGUCAUCACAUUUUAAUAAGUAAUGUAUAUUAAUGAUAUAUAGCAAUAAAACAGUAAAACGUGACAAUAAAAACUCUAAAAGUGGUUGUUUGUUAUUGUUUUGAUCGACCGGAAGGGUUCAUUAGCAUGCUCGUUUUCAUAAAUUAGUUAGAUAUUUGGCCAUUGCAGCAUUUUAACAAAACAAAUCUUUUGAUGGCAGGUCAGUUUUCGUUUUCAUUGACGAGUUUCCAUUUCCUGCCCUUACGUCCUCGAUUUACACGGUCAGCCUAAAACCUUUUCAAAUCUCAUUUGCGAUGUAGGAAACUACUUUCGACGUUCCGUUGACGUACCUGUGGUGGCUUCGAACGUGUCAAACGCAUCGUGUAAAUAGCAGUAAAUAACUUUGGUAACUCGUUGGACGAAAUAAAGUGUGUGAAUAUUGAUUUGAAUUUAAAUGUGAGUUCGGUUUCACAUAAAAUAGACAUCAUGCAGUGUUAUUAGGUGGAAUGAGAAAAUUAUUCAAGUUAUGUUAAUUAUUUCAUCUGCGGUGGCGUCGUGUUCAUGUUUACGAUAAUC